ACUUUCGUCAAUGCCAGCACUUGCUAAGCAGUUAACGUUAUCGCCAUUACCGACGUAGGUUUCUGUUUUCGCAGUCACAAGUUGUAAAAAUUGCUCGGUGAAAGCUAAAGGAAGGGUAAAAGCCCUUUGAUUARAAUUUAUUUUGGAAAUACUCUCGGAAAGCCAAUAUAAGCGUUAUGGCUUCUAAUGUUAAUACCGGGUUUGCCAAAUGUUUCAUCUCCUUCAUGGCAAUUGUGAUAUUGCUCCAAGGCUGCGUCUAUCUUGGUUUGUCAAUAUACGGAAUAACUCAGGAGAGCUGCCAGAAUGAAGCAACGACAGAUAUAGCCAAAAACCCCUUUGAAUUUGUAAUGCGCUUGAUUUACUUUCAAAGAGAAACUUGCGGGAAUCCAAAAGUAUCAGCGCCAGCUCUUCCAAGCGAAAUUGUAAUUGAAAUGGUUUGGUCUAAAUCAUUUGAAAUUACAAAUCGGACGUACAUAUUUUUGAUCACAUAUGCAGCAGUWAGCGCUUUAUGGAUAGUAACAUCUCUGCUUGUUUUAGCUUCAAUAUGCGGACGUGUUACAAAGUUCGUUGCAGCCAUCUCAUUUUGGCCAUGGUUUUUAAUAGUGAUCGGAGGAAGUUUGCUCGACGGUGUAGCGACUGGUUAUUUUAUAUAUGACAUUAUACACACAACUACGGCAARCGAUGCAUUUACAUAUGUCGGAGCUGAUACCACAAAUAGUGUUCUAAUGAAUUAUUUGGAAAACUUUGAUGCCUAUUUUAUUACGCCAGCUGUGGUAAUGACUUGUUUGAGUUCGCGCGUGGUGCUUAUAUGGCUGCUUAACAUUUUUGGAACCGGAUUUUGUUUGUCAUUAUCUCACAUUAUGGCAAAAAACAGUUCUAGUUCAAUAACAAACGAAAGUUCCACCAAUCUCUCUGGUGAUCAGWGCUCUUCUACUGCAACCAUUGACAGACAUGUGAUAGAUACCAACAUACGCAGAACAGAACUGCCACCCAUUCAACCUGGUACGAAUACAAAAGAGAUAGUAAUUGAACAAGUUCCAAGSCAAAAUGAAAAAAGCUUCAAUGGCRACUCAACACCAGUUACAUUGGCUACAAUUCGCCAAGUCUCAGCGGUGUCAACACAAAAUGAUAGCGAACAAUUAAAGACGGUUGAAAAUAAAAAUAUAUCAUAUCGCCAUGCUGAUUCGCAUCCGGAUCGUCUUGACUAUCCAACCACGAACUCCAGGCCAAUUUCUCCCGUUUUGCCUUUAGAACARGCUCAACACCUAUCAACAGAAACACCUCUGAAUAGCCGCUAUUCAAAUGUAGAACAGUCAAACGCACGCCUGAACGCAGAACUGCGCAGUCAAUUACCCUGGUCCUACACCAAUAUGAUAGGUAAACCUCAAGUACCACUCAAGCCUCAAAAGCAAAUUUAUCCGGAGAUUCCAAAGCCUGAUUAUACUACAUAACCGUGAUUUAUAUACACAUAUGUACAUAUGCAUUCUUAACUUUCUGUUAUUGUUUGAAACAUGCUUCAAACUUUUGUUAAGCAUUUGUAAAUCGACCGCGGGUGUGAUACUUUUGCGCCUGUAAAUUUUAAAGAAUACUAUUUAUGCAACUAUCAAAAUGAAAUUGGUAGCAAUAGAAGUCGGUAUAAAGUAAUCAAAUUACAAAUAAACUGUUUCCAAUAAUGUA